GGCAUGCUUCAUUGACAAGAAUUGCUAUUUAUCUUUUUUCCUGCUUUUUUUCUCAUAUUUUUGAAAUUUAAAUAUAUCCAUUAUGGGAUUUUAAACAGAAAAUCAAAAGUCAUUUUUAUUAACUCGAGUACCCAUCGCUCCAUCUUCUGAUCUGAAUUCUCUACACAAUGUGUUUUCUUCUCGCAGAUAUCUAAUUUGUUCUGUAUUUUCAGUUGGAUUUUUAAUUUUUCUUCCGUCAAAUAUCUGUAUUCUCUGUUUUCAAUAGAAGUUUUGACUUCUCCUCUGCUAUAUGUCCUUUUCAUCAUAUUACUUAUGAACAGAUCUUAGGAAACAUUCAACCGUAUAUGUUGGGUUAGGAAAUAUUCGGUAGUGGAUUUGAAUGAUGACAAGCAGCAAGAGAAGGAGAAGAAAGUGGAGAACGGCAGCGGUGCUGCGGCGUCGGCGUCAGCGGUGGUGUUGAGAAUCGGUAGUGAGUUAUUGGGGUGUUCCACUGACAAAGGCUACUAAACUUGAUGCCAUGGGAGACUUACCAAGUGAUACAUCAAUAGGUCUGACAAAACACCAUGCACCAGUUAUGUUCUUGGAAAAAUUUGCUUAUUGAGGUGAUAUGAUUGCAGAGCGAUAAUGUUAGAAAUAGAGGCAGCAAUGCCUGGAAUGGUGGGAGGUAUAUUAUUGCACUAUAAGUUAUUGAGGCGACUCGAACAAAGUGGUGGAUGUAUUAAAGCUCUAAUAGAAGAAGCUGAAAAUAAGAGGAUGCAUCUCAUGACUUUCAUGGAAGUUGCUAAGACAAAGUGGUACGAGCGAGCUAUGGUCUUUGCAGUGCAAGGUGUCUUCUUCAACGCCUACUUUGUCACUUACAUUCUUUCUCCCAAAUUGGCUCAUCAUAUCGUGGGUUACCUGAAAGAAGAAGCUAUCCAUUCUUACACUGAGUUUCUCAAGGAAUUGGGCAAUGGUAACAUUGAAAAUAUGCCUGCUCCUACUAUUGCCAUUGAUUACUGGCGCCUGCCUAAGAAAUCCACUCUCCGUGAUAUUGUCGUGUAUGUUAGGGCUGAUGAGGCUCAUCACCGUGAUGUCAACUACUUUGUAUCUGACAGUUAUUUUCAGGGACAACAACUGAUGGACUCAGCUGCACCACUUGGGAGAAAAGAUGGACCUCUUUUAAUUGGCAGUUGAGGCCAUCAAGUGAAGUUUUCUUGCUGAAAUUCCAAAAACUUCUUUGCCGAUGUUUAUAGAACUUGAAUUGUGGAUGGAAGAAGAACCUCCAUCUAUGGAGAAUCUUAUACUGGCAGCUCAAAUGGGUUCUUCUUUAUGAGUAUACAAGAAUGUGAUCAACUUUAGUAAGCAAUACGGGCUCAAUUUUGAAGCUUCUGUUUCUUUCCCCAACUACAGGAUCAAGGUAUACAUGUAGAGGUUGCAUCAGUGCAGUGUAAUAAGGAAUCAGUUUCUGCCUUCUGUCGUUAUAAGGAUCAGCUGUUAACAUGUGACCAUAAUACACCUACAAAACGUUCAGCAAGGAUGGUGAUUACAUAAGAAAUUACUUAAAUCUCAUUUCUCUUUGGACCAGUCUUUUUAGGUUGUAAAUGUUAGAGAAUUGUUUCAAAUGGAUAGAAAUGUUGCAAAAGACAUGACGGGGCAGCAGAACUAGGAACAAGGUCGCUAUAGCUCCGUAGAAACUAGAAAUAAGAUCUUUGGUUCUACAAA